AUGGAAUACGCCAGAGGUUCGCAUGAUGGUGUACUGGCUGAACAGCUUGCGAAGCUCACCAACGACGAUGGAUCUCCCAAUACAGCCCUCCGGCACGCCAACCUGGAUAAUCUUGUCUCGAGACUCACGCCCUGGGAACUUCUACAUCUCAGGCAACUGACAAUGAAGAGCACAAUCAAACUUGCAGAGAUGCAUCAUCUUCCGGAGGAAGUCGUUGCUAUGAUAGCACAGUAUCUGCGCCUUGGCGAUGCACUUAGGUGCACUCAGGUUUCCAAAGUAUGGCGAGCAAAAUGGACGUCCGACACCGUCGUCAGAGAAAUCGCCCAGAUUUCCUUCCCUGGUUUAGUCGCUGCGUCUCCAGAUGCGUCGGCUUGGGAUCUCUUGCGUCCUGUAGCCCAAAAGGCCACAGCCCGGAACGAAGGCAAACUCACCUCCUGGCUUUCCAUCAACACGGCCGAUGUGCCUCUGCUAAAAUGCACCGCCCUGAAAUACGAUAAGCGCAGCCUCAAGUUUGCCAAAUCUAAGCCUACACCUACACCCUCGAGGUUUUUCAAGAAUACUCGAGAAGUAGAACUGAGGACUCAUCUCGGCUUCGCCUACUGCAGUGGAAAAGUCGCCUGGCAGUGGGAUUCCUACCGCUUCUUCGUUGACGACAUCCGAGCCAUGACAAGGAAGCUUCUUUCACUUCCCGACCUCGUGGUGAAGGGAGAUAAGGACUUCAUCGUUUAUACCAUGACGGAGAAUCUCUUAAUCCUCGUUGACCAAUAUAGCAUGAGGGCUCUUAUCGUGUACGAUCUUGUCAAGGACCAGCACCGUCGUGUUACAAUUCCUAGGCACAUGACGGAUCUACAGGCCCAUAAAGAUACGUUCGUCGUCAUUUUCAACCCCGACUAUUUUCAUGGCGAGGAUGAAGCUGAACACACCCCGCCUCAUGUCUGGACCUGGUCUACUGGACUUGUCAAGCUCCAGGUUCCUAUUUCUCCUGCAUCCCAUGAACGGCACGGCCUCGGCUUUCCAUGGGAGGAGAAUGUAUGCCGAGGCGUGGAUAUAAACAACGGUUUCAUCUUUCACCCAACAAAACCUCACAUUCUCUACUUCGUCAGUGUGUUUCUCGGCAACUCCAGGCUGAGAGACGAAACGAGUGAAUAUGAUUCUACAGCUGAGGUUGAAGAAAUCGAUGUUCACACACAUCAAUACGUCACCCUUGAACUCCUUGUCGAGAUUCACAAAUUCGAAAACAUGAAGUUUGUCAAAACUUUCUCAUAUAAACUCACCCGAAGAUACAAGAUUCAAAAUGUGCCACGCUUUGCAACACAUUGCCGACCAAUGAACUCCUAUGGACUUUUCAACAUUAGCAACAUAUACAGGUCGAUUUCGGACAGUCUUUCCACCGUCAAGAGCGAGCUGCCCGGAAACGAGGCUGUAACGACGCCCAGUCUUCCCGUGAGAAGCAUCAACUUCAACACAGUGACGGAGUCAUUCAUUGUAGAAAAGAGGGUCCUGAACGGCAUGCGGAUGCCGAUCUGGGAUUUUGGUAGUCGUGACCCGUCACAGACUGGCGGCAUCUUGUGGAACGACUCGAUCUAUUACAUUCAAAACAAAUUGCCCAUCCUCGCGGGCGACAACAAAGCUCGAUGGAGGCAUGAAUUCCAGGGUAACGGCCAAAGAUCAAUCUGCAUCGCCAACAAGUCAUCAACGGUUGUCCUGGAAACCAACAACCCUUGGUUCAAAGAGUCGGAGGCAUUCCGGACCCUUGCGGUGGACGAUGACUUCGUGAUUGGCCUUUCCAGACGGGGUUACGUCGUGUAUAACUUUGGCGACUCAAGUCUGAAAGGAGGGCCUUGGUGCGAACCCCAUAAGGUGCGGCUUUACAUGGACAACAAGGACACGAAAUGUCCCGCUUGGGGUUGCCCGGGGCCGAACAAGUCUAGCAUAUGCCAGGUCUGCAGUAAUGACAUCGGUAAUACCGAUGUCUCUAUGUAUGCGUCGUCGGACGAAGCCGAAACCUACCAUCAUUAUUACGGCGACGGCACCUCGGAUUCCGACGAUGACGAUGCGGGCUUUGGCCAGGCUAGUUCCAAUCUCUUUCCACGAGGUUUAAGCUGGAUGUGA